GCAGGCGCAGUGAGUGGGCGGCGACUGCCCGCCGGGCUGCACCAUGGGGCCGCUGGUGGCGUGGACGCUGCGGGUGGCUGCCUGGUCCCAGCUGGUUCCCAGCCCGGGGAGCGGCGCCGCCGCCGCAGAUGCAAAAUGGAAACAUUUCAUUGGCCAGAUUGACAGAGCAGUGGAGAGCUACAGACCAUGUAUAAAGGAGAAUUGCAGCUGCUACCAAAGUGUUAGGGAGCAGGACUUGGCUCCCUUUCAAGGAGGCAUCUCCAAGGACCUGCUGUCCGAUGUGGUUAGCCGGAAGCUUGGGACGCACUACCAGAUCAUCAAGAACAAGUUGUACCGUGAGCAUGACUGCAUGUUCCCUGCUAGAUGUAAUGGGGUCGAACAUUUCAUUCUGGAGAUCAUCGGCCGCCUCCCAGACAUGGAGAUGGUAAUCAAUGUGCGAGAUUACCCCCAGGUCCCCAAGUGGAUGAAGCCAGUCAGCCCAGUAUUCUCCUUCAGCAAGACUUCUGAGUACCAUGAUAUCAUGUAUCCCGCCUGGACAUUUUGGGAAGGGGGACCAGCUGUUUGGCCAAUUUACCCGACAGGUCUUGGGCGCUGGGACUUAAUGAGAGAGGACCUCCGAAGAUCUGCAGAAAAAUGGCCGUGGAAGAAAAAAAUCUCCAAAGGAUAUUUUCGAGGAUCCAGAACAAGUCCUGAGAGGGAUCCCCUCAUUGUUCUGUCUCGAGAGAACCCAGAACUCGUCGAUGCUGAGUACACUAAAAACCAGGCCUGGAAAUCUGAAAAAGACACUCUUGGGAAACCGCCUGCGAAGGAAAUUCCUCUGGUCGAUCACUGCAAAUACAAAUACCUGUUUAAUUUCCGAGGGGUAGCAGCCAGUUUCCGUUUCAAACACCUCUUCUUGUGUGGCUCAUUAGUCUUUCACGUAGGGGAAGAGUGGCUUGAGUUCUUCUACCCACAGCUGAAGCCUUGGGUACAUUACAUCCCAGUCAAACCAGACCUCUCUGAUGUCAGGGAGCUGUUGCAGUUUGUGAAGGAAAAUGAUGAUGUAGCACAAGAAAUUUCAGAGAGGGGGCACCAGUUCAUCAUGGACCACUUGCAGAUGAAGGAUGUCUCUUGUUACUGGGAGACUCUGCUGACUGAAUACUCUAAAGCCCUGACUUACAAAGUUAAGAGGAGGAAAAACUAUGAUGAGAUUGUCUCCAAACACUUGAAAACAGAACUUUAAAACCAUUGUGGUUCUCUUUCCAAUUCAAGGCCUGGGACUGGUGGUCACUGAAAAUCCAAAAACUGAUGUACCUUCUGUUACUCUUCUUCCCUUAGAUUUAUUAUCUCAUACUCUAAAGCAGUGGUUCUCAACCGGGGUCCGCGGACUCUGCCUAAAGUGUCCAUGAAAGACUGAAAACUGACUGAACAGAAUUCAACUAUAUAUUCAGACAAUGUAUUUCCAAAGGGGUCCACACCUCCAUUCAGAAUUUCCAAAGGGGUCUGCAAAUGAAAAAAAGUUGAAAACCACUGCUGUAAAGCUACAGCAAGCAGCAUUAUUGUUACUUUAAAACAGUUUGUGUACAAUGAGAGUGAAUCACAUUAACUAGACCCCCAACUUCGGGAGAACAUAUAUAAUCAAUGAGGCGGUUGACUCUAGUGCUUAGAGCAGGGAACUGGAAAUCGAGACUCCUGGGUUUUGUUACCACCCCUAUCUCUAACUCACUGAGCCUGAUCCAAAGUCCAUUGCAGUAAGUGGGAGUCAUCAGUGGCCUUUGGAUCAGGCCCCAGGGGACCUCAGGCUAGUCAUUUAAACCCUCUGUGCCUCCCUCCAUAUAGGUAGACUUCUAUUUGGGGCAAAUUUCCAAUGUUAUUGUGAUUGUUUGAUGGCAGUUUGGGUACAAGUGUUUCCUGUCAGCAGCCGUGGUUGGGAUUUUAGGUUACCGUUAUGGGUGGGUUAGGGUUGUUGUUUUUAAGUCUGUAAAGCACCCAGAUGUUAAUGCCAUGUUGGACACUAAAAAGUACCUUUGAACAACUAAACUACCUACCUCACUGAGGGGUUUUGAUGAUGGAUGAAUGUUUUUAAAGUGCUCUCUGAUCCUGAGAUGAGAGGUGCAGUCAUAAUGCACAAUGUUCUCUGCCUUUGCCACCCUAAGGUGUACUCCUCCCAUCCCUUGCAUUUGCCCUAAAUAAUCUCAAGGCCUUGCAUAAACACCGCCUGUCUUUUGACCAAGGAUAGCUGGAUAGAGGUUUUAGUCUGUGCAUUCCUUUGGACACUUUUACCUUAUGUUUUAAAAGUUGGGUUCUUCUUCGAGAGAUGUUCCUGUGGUUGCUCCACUCCAGGUGUUGGUGGGUCCCUGCACCUUCGUUCGGAGAUUUUUACAGCAGUACUCGUACCGGUCACGCACUCACAGAGCCUGCCUCCGCCCCGCCCCGCUCUAAUGUACCUUAAUGGUACGUGUGUGCGACCCGUCUCCUCAGUUCCUUCUCUACCAUCUCUGGCCUGAGACGGAGCUCAGCAGACUUGUUAGAGACUUUCUCUUCCUUUGUUCAAAUUCCUUCCUAGUUAGUUUGUUACCAAUAGUACUUAGUUACCAUUUUUCUAUCUUCUCUCUCUCUCUCUCUCUCUCUCUAAAUAAUUAAUUUUUUUCUUUGUUCCUGUCAGCAGCAGCUGCUUCCGACAUGCCUGGCUCCCCAGGCUUUAAGUGCUGCUCUACCUGCAAUGAUGCGUCCCUCUUUCAGAUGGCCAUUCAAAAUGCAUAAAAUGUUUGGGGGAGUCCCACAUCCCCCCCCAAAAUGUGCCCACUGCAGCAAGCUCAAAUCCAGGGUACAGAAGGACAGGGAGCUGAGACUAAAACUGCUCCUCCUUCAAAAAUCUCUAGGGUCAGCUUCAGACCUGGGUGCCGACUCUGCUGCACACACCCCCACCCCCUCCGCCUCAAAGAAAGAUUACAAAAGGCACCUUCUCUCACCCGCAAAGGGAACUUCGUGGGAGAAGACUUCCCCAGGCAGGUCUACAGCCUCCCUCCCAGCACUUUCCCGGCUGAGCACUUUUGACAUGCUGGGCUCCUCCGGCGCCGCGUGAAACCUGCCUGCGGUGGUAGCACAAAACUCUGGUGCUGAGGCUUCAGGCUUCCAGUUGCCUGCCUCUCAUAUGGCACUGUUUGGCACUGCAAAGGAACCGGGGCCGACACAUUCUGACAUGCCUGACCCCCCGCAGGCUAUUAUUGCUCUCCCGGCACCGGCACCCGCUGAGCUGGCUGGCAGUGAAACAAUGCUCAGGACACCGGUGCAUAGAAACUUUUCUUCAAAGCAGAUUCCUCUUGCACAGUCCUCACCUCACAGAGGAGCUCCAGCACCGCAUUUUACACAGUCAAGGGACCGGCUGGUGUCACCUAUCCUGCAGUCACCCCUACUUAGUGCCUACUUCUCUCCAAAUGCUCAGUCAGGGUCCGAACAGCCUUUUUCCAGUGAUGAGGAAGCUGGACUUCAGGGAGAAUUUUCACCAUAUCAAAUCUCCCAUCCUCAGACCCCAAUCAAUAGAGGUCAUAGAAAAAUUACCUUGUCCUACUCUCAGGAUCCUGCCCUGUGGUGCGUAAACCCCUGGAUGGCACCACCUAUGCCCUUCCCACCACAGUGGCAAUAUUGGGCUCCAUGGGCAUCUUAUCCUUGAGACCACACUCGCUAUGACACCACAGCCAGGCAUGACACCUGCCUGGCACCGCCAGCUGACGAACCUGCCUCCGGUGUAAUGCAACAGGUAGCACCGUCACAACUGCAGGAUCAGUCAUGACAUGCCUCCAACGCAGUGGACCCACUUGUUAUGCCUGAUGAAACCUUACUUCCUCCUCCCCCGACAUCUUCAGAUGACUUCUCAAAAUUUCAAGACCUUUUCAAAAGAGUUGCCAGUGAGUUAAGAAUUAACUUGGAGGAGGUUCCUGAACAGCAGCAUGAGUUAAUGGACAUCCUGUAGCCCUCUUCUUCUUCUAGGAUUGCAUUACUGAUCAACACAGCCCUUUUGGAACCUGCUAUGGCCAUCUGGCAGAAUCCCGCUGCAAGCCUACCUACCUGUAAACGAGAGGAUGGCAAGUACUUCAUCCCUUCCAAGGGCUGUGAAUUCCUUUUCAUUCAUCCAGCGCCAAACUCGCUGGUAGUAGAUGCAGUCAACCAAAAGACCAAACACCAGUUUCUCCGCUCCACCCUAUUUGAUUAGAUCUUCUCGGACGUAAAGUAUAUGCAUCUUCCACGUUACAAUUUUGCAUUGCUAAUUAUACAGCCGUUCUGGCAAAAUAUGACCACAAAAAUUACAAAAAAUUCAUGGACUUUAUUGAUGACAUUCCAGAAGAAAAGAAGCAACAAUUCAUGGCUCUAGUUUCCGAGGGACAAAUCAUCUUACAUACCGCUCUUCAAGCGGCCCUCGAUGCAGCCAAUACUGCAGCAAAAUCUACUGCUACAGCAGUGGUCAUGUGCUGAGGUUCAUGGCUCUCCUCCUCUUCCUUUCCUCGAGAGGUCCAGAAUACCAUUGAAGAUUUUCCCUUUGACGGCGACAAACUCUUUGCCUCCACGACGAAUGACGUACUUCCAUUCAAUGAAGUACUCAAGGGCAACUCUCCUGUCCUUAGGAAUUCAAACCCCUACAACCAGAAGGCAACAAUAUAGAUCUCAACCUUACCAGCGUCCACGCUACCCUACGUAUACCCAGCACUUCCAUAGAUCAUAUGAGCAGCAACAACAACAGCAGCAACGCCAGAGACCCAGAUACCAGCGUCGUCAUCCCAAUUCCUCGGCAGCGUCUCAACCCCUUCCAACUAAUAAGCAGAUUUGAAGCGUUGGUCGAGUGUUUAGAAAACAACGUUCCCAUUCAGCACUUACACCGCAUGUCCCUAUUUUUGGACAGCGCCUACGACCAUUCUCCCGUCAAUGGCAGAACAUUACCACCACCAAGUGGAUUAUAGAGGUCGUCACAAUUGGCUAUUCUAUCCCUUUCCUAUCCUUGCCUCAUUCCUACCUACCCACCCACUCUCCCUGUCCCUCUUCAGGGAUCUCUCUCACAAGCAACUGCUCCUCCAAGAAUUACAACAUCUCCUUCUAUUGGGAGCAGUGGAACUCGUGCCCGAACGACACAGAGGGAAGGGGUUUUAUUCCCAUUAUUUCUUAACAGAAAAGAAAACCAGGGGAUGGUGACUGAUCCUCGACCUCAGGCGGCUCAACAAAUUCAUCAAAAAGCAAAAGUUAAAAUGGUUACCCUCACCACCAUAAUACCAGCGCUGGAGCAGGGCAAUUGGUUUUCAGCCCUCGACCAAUAGGACACCUAUUUUCAUGUGACUGUACAUCCGGCCCACAGAUGUUUCUUUUGUUUUACCCUCGGCUUGACACAUUUUCAAUACAGGGUGCUACCCUUCGGCCUAUCCACCACCCCCCGUGUUUUUUCCAAGCUCCUACCCAUAAUCACUGCCUACCUCAGGAAACAAGGGGUCAUAAUAUUUCCUUACCCUCGACGAUUGUCUCCUCAAAGCCUCAACGCUUGACGGCGCGCUUAGAUUCACACAGCUCACCGUCGCUUGCUUCCUAUCCCUCCGCCUACAAAUAAACAAAAACAAAACCACAUUAUCUCCUAGCCAGCACCUGGAGUUCAUAGGAGCACACCUUGACUCCUGGACUGGAAUAGCAUCUCUCCCGCCCAAUCGCUUCAACAGCAUAAAGCUGUGGCAAUGAAACUUUGCAACAGUCCUCAGGUCACCUCUCGAGACUGUCUACAACUACUUUCAUGGUCCAAAAUGCACAACUAUACAUGAGGUGCUUCCAAGCUUGGUUGGCCACAGUUUACAAACCGAAUGUGCACGCUUUAAACAAGCCUCUAUCCAUACCUUUCAGAGUCAAAGACUCUCUCCUAUGGUGGACAGUUCCCUCCAACCUCUGCUCAGGAGUCUUCUUUCUCCAGGAUGCUCCAUCCCUCAUAAUGACUACCGAUGCAUCCCUCACAGGGUGGGGUGCACACAUUUCCACCACAGUCCAGGGGCUAUGGUCUUCAGCUGAAACCUCCCUGCACAUAAACGUCCUAGAACUUCGAGCCAUAGGCAAUGCCUGCUGUCACUUCCUCCCAUUAAUCUGCAACAAACAUUUAUGGAUAAUGACAGACAACAUCUCUUGCAUGUUCUAUGUAAACAGGCAGGGAGGAGCUCGCUCUCACUCGCUUUGCACAGAAGCUAUGAAGCUCUGGAAUUGGUGCCCUGCGAACAACAUCCGGAUAUCAGCCGCCUAUCUUCCCAGAGCUAUGAAUACCACAGCGGACGAAUUAAGCAGAUGAUUUCCCUGGGAUCAUGAAUGAGAGAUAAAUGAGACAAUCAUCCGCAACAUAGUCCACUAUAGACCUUUUUGCAACUGCGAAAAAUACUAAAUGUCCCGAAUUUUGCUCCAGAGUGGGACUGGGCAAACAUUAUGGUCCCAUUGCAUCAGGACUUACUUUAUGCUUUUCCCCCGAUACCGGCUCUCCACAGAGUUCUGACAAAGAUACGAACAGAUUGUGCCGCUGUGAUUCUGAUUGCCCCAUCAUGGCCUAGACAACCGUGGUUUUCGUUCCUCACCAGAAUGUCACUUCACCCACUGAUUUCAUUGCCCCUCACUGCGAAUUUCCUAUCCCAACCAUGCUUCAUCUCAAAGCUUGGUUCCUAUAUGAUUCUCCCAAAACGAACUAGCAUGCUCUGAGCAGGUUCAAAGAGUGCUCCUACAUAGGUGAUGCAAGCAGAUUGUGUUCUGCUGUCUCUGAAAGUGGAAGUGAUUCACACAAUGGUGUUCAACUAAACAACUUCCUCCUACUUCUGCACCUCUUCUGCUCAUACUUGACUACCUAUUAGACCUUAAGCAAUCAGGCCUUUCUUUCAGCUCCAUCAAAGUCCACUUAGCCACUAUUACAACUUUUCAUGACAAGAUCGACGAUACCUCUGUUUUUGCUCAUCCAGUCACCAAGCGUUUUCUCAAAGGAUGCCAAUCCCUAUACCCAGACAGACCUCCUACCCCUCUGUGGGACCUUCACUUAGUAUUAACCUGCUUAACUCAACAACCAUUCGAGCCCCUAGCCACUUGCUCCCUCUUACAUCUCUCUAUGAAAACAGCAUUCUUAGUGGCAAUCACCUCUGCCAGAUGGGCAGGAGAAAUAGCAGCUCUCGUGGCGGACCCACCAUAUACACUAUUUUUUAAGGACAAGGUUACCCUUCGAUUACACCCCAAAUUUCUUCCAAAGGUGCAUUCGUCAUUCCACAUCAACGAGCAGAUACACCUACCAACCUUCUUUCCUAAAGCCCAUGCAAACUCUUUUGAAUCCACAAUGCAUAUGUUAGACGUACGCAGGGCUUUGUGCUUCUAUCUGGAUAGAACCAAGCCCUUUAGGAACUCUUCUAGACUCUUUGUCUCCAUCACGGAGCGUUCCAAAGGGACACCUAUUUCUACCCAGAGACUUUCAAACUGGAUUUCUGAGUGUAUCUGACUGUGCUAUCAGAUAAAGAAAGUUAUGCCUCCAGCUGGCAUCAGAACUCACUCCAAUAGAUCAGUGGCUACCUCCGUGGCUUUUCUACGCAAAGUUCCCCUGGUUGACAUCUGUAAAGUGGCCACUUGAUCUUCUGAACACACAUUUGUUAAGCACUGUACCUUUACUCAAGGCCCUCUCUCUGAUACACAAUUAGGCAGAGUUGUAUUAUCUACUGCAUUCCUACCAAAUCUGAAGUCCCUACCUCCUUGAGGUACCAUGCCUUUAAGUCACUUGGAGUGGAGCACCCACAGGGAUAUCGCUCAAAGAAGAAGAGAAGGAGGAGGUUACUCACCUUGUGCAGUAACUGACGUUCUUCAAGAUGAGUGUCCCUGGGGUGCUCCACUAUCCACCCUUCUCCCCUCUACUUUGGAAUUGGGGUAGCCUCCAUUGUAGAGAAGAAACUGAGGAGACUGGUCAUGCACGCAUACUAUUAAGGUACACUCGGGGGCAGGGAGGCUCUUUGCGUGCACGAUCGGUAUGAGUACUGUAAAAAUCUCUGUGUGAAGGCGUAGGGAUGCACCAACACCUGGAGUGGAGCACCCACAGGGACACUCAUCUUGAAGAACGUCAGUUACUGCACAGGGGGAGUAACCUCCUCUGUCUUAUCCAUGUAAGCUGUGAACUGUCCGUCUCUGUGAGCUGAGACUGUCUCCUUGACCAUGUACAUGCUGUGCUAACAGUACCAGCCUGCAUGAUUCUCAGCACAUUGGCUUUGAAUAUGCAAGGGUGGAUGUCACUGGAGCAAUUCUUUUUGCAGCCCGUCAACGUGGCUCCUUAGUUGUGUGGUGGGCUCAUUGCAGAAUGAAAUAAAGUGCUAAGACUGUCUGAAAGCACAACAGCGUAAGCAACUGCUUGGGGUCUCACUCUUUUGAGGUUUUUGCAUCUCAUGUGAGUACUGCAACUCGUUGGCUGGCCAUGUGUUACUUAGAUAACUGGUGGGGUGGGGAGUGGAAACAGAGGGGAGAUGGAGGCAACUACUUACCCCCUCCUUCUCCUUUGGCAACUGAAUCAGAGGAAUAGAAAAAGCCGUGACCUGAUUUUUCUGACUUCUGGCAGAUUGGGGUGCUGCAGAGUUCUCACACACAAACACACCCCAACAUCAGGCCCCAGUACAGGGCAAGAAGAACUAGACAUGACAGGCAAACAUCAAUUUCCAGUGCAGAGCACCAAUUACAGGACCACUGGCUGGGCUGACCCAGCAUGUAAAAGAAUGAAAUCAGGAAAUGAAUAGCUUGGAGUCAGAACUGUGUAAUAUUGGAAGACUUUUUAAUAAAAGCUUGAAUGACAGGUUUUAACGAGGAGAUGGAAUUAUAUGAAAUGAUAGAUUUAUCUACUGUAUUUUUAAAUCCUUUUUGUUUUUAAUGAAGUGCUUUUGGAUUAAAAACAAAAAACAAUGCUUUUUA